AUGAAGUUGAAGGAACUCGAGGGCUACCUCCAGGAUGUCGCCGUCUUCACCGACCCAAAGAUCAAACUGGAACAGUACCCAACAACCCCUCAUUUGGCCGCUCGUAUGCUUUACACUGCCCACACCACAUACGACGACAUUGAAAACAAGGCCGUCGGAGAUAUGGGAUGUGGAUGCGGGAUUCUCAGUAUCGCAGCAGCUAUGCUUGGAUCAUCAUACAACGUUGGAUUUGACAUUGACCCAGAUGCAAUUGCCAUUGCACAGGAGAACUGCGAGGAGUUUGAGAUCGAGAUGGACUUUAUUCUGACCGACCUCUCGGCCGCCCCAGCACCUUCUACCAUGGCCAACGGAGAAGAGAAUGCGCGAGGACCAUACGAGAUGAUGAAGGGGAAGCUGGAUACCAUUCUUAUGAACCCACCUUUCGGGACCAAGCUCAAGGGCAUCGACAUGGUCUUUCUGAAGAAAGGAAUCGAUCUCGCCAAUCAUGCUGUCUACUCAUUACAUAAGACUUCAACGCGGGAUCAUAUUCUGAAGAAGGCCAAGGAAUGGGGUGUGGAAUGCGAAGUCGUUGCAGAGUUGAGGUACAACCUGGACAAGAGCUACAAGUUUCAUAAGAAACAAUCGAUGGAUAUUGCAGUUGACUUUUUACGUUUUGAGAAGAAGCCCCGGCCAGAGAAGAGCGAUUGA